GAACUCACAGAUAGCGAGACUUUUUAUCAACAACGCCUUUAGAUUGCACAGCCAAAAUCUGAGGAGCUCGUUAAAGUUAGGACCAUUAAAUUGAAAAUGGCCGGCUUCCUGUUAGGCUUCGCUCCCAGGGGAUUUAUUCUAGGUCGGCACAUCAUAUAUCUGCCACAGAUGUACAGUUGGGUCGUCGCACGCUGCAGCUGUUUUCUGCAGAUCUGAUGCUGAACCUUUCUGUAGAUUAUUAGAACCCCGGAGUUCCUUAAUGAACCUGUUGAACAUGUCAGGACUUCUUCUUCUUCUGCAGAUUUUUGUGUCAGGAUGACUUCCUGUGUGGUGUCCCUCUUCUUCUUGGCCUUCCUGUGUUCCUCCAUCAAUGCCGUCGAUCCCACCGGCCUCAAACUGAGAAUCACCAACAGAGCGCUGAAUAUUUUGACAGAUGUUGGCCUGGACGUUCUGCAGACGCUGGUUAACAGACCCUUUGCAGACUUCACGGUGGUGUACAGACGCAUCCAGUGCAUCAUUAAGAAGUUGACGCUGACACGUCUAAAUCCAGAUCAGGUUGGUCUCAGUUUCCAGCAGGGUUCAGGUCUCCAGUUUGAGUUUAGGAACCUUACCUUCGCUGGAGACCUUGAGCGGGAAGUCAACCUGCGUUUGUGGAGAGAAUUUCAUCUUGACGCAGGAAGUAUAGCGUUCGGAGGAGCAGGCGUGAGCGCCACCAUCGGAGUGAAACUGAGCCGAAACCAACAAGGACGUCUGAGCAUUGAGAUACCAAACUGUGUUUUCACAGCUGAUGUCAUCCUCACACAGUCCACCGGCUGGAUCGGUCUUGACGCAGGAAGUAUAGCGUUCGGAGGAGCAGGCGUGAGCGCCACCAUCGGAGUGAAACUGAGCCGAAACCAACAAGGACGUCUGAGCAUUGAGAUACCAAACUGUGUUUUCACAGCUGAUGUCAUCCUCACACAGUCCACCGGCUGGAUCGGGCAUCUGGUGGACGUACUCAGACCAGUUCUCCGGAACCUUUUCAACACCCAGCUCUGUCCUGCUGUUCAGAGGUACGCUGUUCCUCAAGUUAACUCCAUGUUGGAGAACAUCUCCAUGGCGAUGACUCUGUACAAAGACCUCAACAUCGACUACUCUCUGAGCGGAGACGUCACAGUGGCCUCCACAUUCCUCGAUGUGCCUUUCAAAGGCUUGGUGUUCAGGCAGGGCGAGACUGUUGAUGCUGGUUCAAUAAGAAGAGGUGCAGAUCCAGUUUUCAGAGAAAGUGACCGGAUGGCUUACGUAGGCGUCUCUGAGUUCCUCAUCAACAGCGCCAUCAUGUCGGUCUACAGCACAGGAGUCAUGGCGCAGACUGAAAUGGUGACCGAUGCAGGUCUGAAGGCUGCUCUGAGAGCUCUCCAGUUGAGUAGGCAACCAUUGCGGAUGACAGAUCCCCUCUCUGCUGAAGUGGAAGUCACCGAGGCGCCGAGCAUCACCACCAGCCAUAGGGAUGGAGUGACGAUCACUGCCAGAGCCAGAGUCCGUGUGUUCGCAGUGCCGGCUGGAAGGGAACAGGAGCAGCUCCUCUCGGUGUCAGCGAGUUGUACGGUUCAGAUAAUGGUCGCCAUCAAGGGAAACUACCUGACUCUCCCUUCAAGCAACGUCGACUGUACCAUCAUCACCAAAAAUAGUAUCAGAGACAAUCUGGUGAAACCUUUGAAUGGAUUGCUGUCGAAAAAGCUGAAGGGCUUCCUGCGUGGCUACUUUGAUAAAGGAGUACUGAUGCCUCUGCCUGAAGGAAUGGGCUUCUCUCAGGGACAGAUCGACUACCAGGAUGGCUUCAUGGUGCUCGGGGGGGACCUGAACUUCACCCCAGAUGUGAGGAAGAAGGCAGUGCUGGAUUUCGGCAGAUAACCAGAAGAAGAAUCUUCCGACUCAGUAUUGUGGGAGGCCAGGGGCCUGAGGGGCCCUCACUCUCACACUGUAUAAUCCUCGACAUAGAUGUCAUUUACACUGGGGACAUGUCCCCACCACUUUUUGAAACAAAUAACAAAUAAAAAUUCUUUG